AUGAUGAAGGGAGUGAUGACAGGAGGUAGCACCUAUCGUUUGGUAGGAAGUGUGGUUGUAGGUGGUGCUGUAGCGGAGGUCUCUGAAUCAGACAGCACGGCCCUUUGGCACAUGCGCAUGGGGCAUAUUGGUGGGCAUGAGUUGAAUGAGCUCUACAAGACGGGUCUGCUGGGAGGUAUGAAGAAUUGCAAUAUGGAUUUUUGCAAGUUCUGUAUGAUGAGAAAACAGUCCAAGAUGUCUUUCAAGACAGGUCUACACACGACAAAGGGUCUUCUAGACUAUGUCCAUUAUGAUGUGCGGGGACCAAUUAGGGAGCAGUCAUUGGGAAGGUCUAGAUACUUUGUUCUCUUCAUUGAUGAUUAUUCAAAGAAUGUAUGGGUAUACUUCUUGCGGCAGAAGUCUGAGGUAUUUGAAAAAUUCAAGAUUUGGAAGGCAGAAGUGGAGAACCAGAUAGGGAGGAAGGUUAAGUAUCUGAGAUCAGAUAAUGACACAAAGUAUACUGAUGGGAAGUUUGUCAAGUUCUGUGAGGAGCAUGGUAUUCAAAGGCACUAA